CCCGCCCCGUUCAAAACUUCAUUACUGGUCAAGCCAAAAGUUUUUUAAAAAGAAAAAUCUCUGUUUAUAAUUCAUAAUACAAGUAAAUGACAUGCUCAGACUGCAACAAGCAAUGGCAUUUUAGUACUUUAAAUUGUUCAAGCAUGUUUUUUACUGGACAUAUUUCUAUAUAAAUGCCGUCACAAUUAGCAGAGGUUGUAAUCCGUUCCAUUCAGAAGCUUCACAAGAUGGCAAUGCACAGUGAUAGCUUUGUCCCUAUAUUAUUCGUUGAAGGUAUUCAGACUGUGACUCCGAUUAAGAUGACUGAACCAAGACAGACACGACAAGUGUUGGUGGGGGAGCCUGUUGGUCCAGGGAUUUUCCAGAGGUGCUUGAACAUGGUCCAACUACAGAAAGGAAAAGGAGGAGAUUCUGGCUGGUUAGUUGCUGGGUGGAUUAAGGAGACACUUGGGAGAGCUUUGUUGGAGCAGCCAAUGAUUUGUGGACGUCUUCGAAAAGGGGAGGAAAAUGAUGGAGAAUUGGAGAUCGUGUCCAAUGAUUGUGGCAUUAGACUCAUUGAGGCAAGAAUUCAGCUGAAUCUGUUAGAGUUUCUUAGCAUGAAGCAAAGGGAAGAGGCUGAAGCUCAGCUUGUUUUCUGGAAGGAUAUUGAUGAGCAAACUCCACAGUUUUCCCCACUGUUCUAUGUUCAGGUGACCAAUUUCCAGUGUGGGGGAUACUCAAUUGGAAUUAGCUGCAGCAUUCUUCUGGCAGACCUUUUAUUGAGGACAGAGUUCCUGAAGACAUGGGCAAAUAUUCACAACAACAUUAUCUACAAGAAUAAUGAACGAAAGCUACCCCUAUUCUACCUCCCUGGUCUCAAGAACACCACCGGCUCCUCUCCUAACAUAAUCAGCUCAACUUCAAGCAAAAACUCUGGCAAAACUAUGAUCUUCAAGAUUAAUGCUGAAAGUGAAAGUCUGAAAAGUGAAUGGUGCAGAAAAGUCGCGUUAGCCUGUCUUAAGGAGGCAGAGAACAAUCUUGGAAGUGAAAUGGGUGCCGAGUUUUCUUUGUUUCUUAAUGAAUCGUUUGAGGCCAUCAAGGUAGAAAGCUGCUCAAAACAUGGGAUGUUGAAGCCCAAGGUGAACCUUAACAAGGAGUUCACGUAUGCAAAAUGGGAUGAUUUAGGGGCUAAUGAAGUUACUUUCCGAGAAGGGAAUAAACCUGUUCAUGUUUCCUGUUGGUUUAGAUCAACCUCGGGUGGGUUUGUCUUUGUAAUUCCUUCGCUUGAGGAGGGUGCAUACAAAGUGAACAUCAUUGUCACAAUUCCUAAUGAGAAGUACUGAGAGUGAUUGUAAUAGCUAAGAGUUUCACUUCACGCCUGUGCUUGAAUUACAAAUAAUAAUAGUUUCUCUUAAUUUGUUGUUCGUUCUUAUUUCCUUUACAAAUAUCAUAAUCGAUGUUAGCACAACUUUCAGAGUGUCAAAGGACAUCUGAUUUAAAACAGCAGAGGAAACCAGUGGAGCAUUAGGGAGGUUGAGAAGUCAAAGACCAUGAAAAUCUAAUCCGAGGUGAAUACGAAAUCGACAUGCACGCGUAAAGCGAGCACGGUAUUCCUCUAGCAACUAGGGUGUUGGUAGAAUAGGUGAAAGAAUAAUAUAAUGGUUCGCGCUUAGGUUCCGCCCCAAAGAGAAAGGUGUCUGGCUAAGCUACAGCCCAUCAUGCAGGG